UUUUCUAGAACGGAGUCAGUAGGUUGUGGCCCUGCUCCAGGUGCAUCGUAUCAGUCGUACCUAUCAGUCCGUACGAUAUAACACACGCGCAGUCUCGCGCUCACACUCUGCGACGGACGACCGGCACGCGAUCGUAUAUAGUAUAGUAAUUCGCUUCUCCCGAGACACUUUAAUAAACGUACUCGACGUUGUAUCGCGCAUCGAUAUUGCCCGUGUCGACGUUUUUGUUUUGCAUCGCUGCUAUAUAACCUUAAAACCGACAUAUAAUUAAUAAAUAAUAUUAUUAUAACAUUUAAAACUAUACACACACGUCGGUACAGUGUAAUGUGCAAUUGUUGAAACAGUAUACUUGUAUAUACUUACGCGAGCACAAACCGUAUUCCGUAAUCGACGAAAGAGUAUAAUCUUUACCUUGCCAUACGAUGAAGAGUCUCGGAUUUGCCGAGUACCUUGCCAUUUGUUGGUGCCUGUGCCAAUGUCUAAUAUACCACGGCGCAUCCGGAGCCAGGGAUUCCGCGUGCCCCAGGAUAUGUCCGCAGGGAAGUUCUGAAGAGCCGGUAUGCGGUUCGGACGGCAUAAUCUAUCCGAACGAGUGCGAAAUGAAAAAGAAAACUUGCGGCAAAGGCAUAGUCACGGCAGAGAGCUCAACGCAGUGUCUGCGGGCGUACGGAUCGAAUUGCGAACACCGUUGCGGCAAAGAACAGGACCCGGUGUGUGGUACCGACGGCCGAACGUACCUGAACAGAUGUAUGAUGCAAGUGGAAAUAUGUAGGGUUGGUACGUCGAUGUCGCACUUGGGACCAUGUAACAACAUAUCGGCCCACCGAGAAAACUGUCCGGUGAACUGUGACCAGGCGCCGAUGGAUGGACCAAUUUGCGGAUCCGACGGAAAUGUUUACAGGAACACUUGUCAAAUGAAACUGUUCACUUGCGGCCAAGGGGUAGUGAGAACAUCCAAGAAACACUGUCAGACGACCAGACACUGCCGGGAAUCGUGUUGGCGGGUGUCAAAGCCUACUUGUGGGUCGGACGGCAACAUAUACAGCAACGCAUGCCGGAUGAAGUCCAAAAACUGUGGAAAGCACGUGUUUGAAGUGCCAAUGGCAUUCUGCUUAAGCCAAGAACGUAAUCGGGUCGGUUCAGCAAACGCGUGUCCAGUGAAUUGUGACAAGGAGAAGGACAGGCUGACGUGCGGCUCGGAUGGCAACGUAUACCGUAGCGAGUGCGAGAUGAAAAUGCUCAACUGCGGACAACAGACCAAGAAGAAGGUGACCAAAGUUGAUUUAGAAAAAUGUAGGGCCAGAAUCAACAAGUGCAACAAAGGCCAGUGUUCAGAUGAAGCGGACCCGAUUUGUGGAAACGACGCUCAGACUUACAAAAACCAAUGCCAAUUGGAUCAAGCAACUUGUUUGAGAGGAAUCCAAAUGGCACACUUGGGCAAGUGCUCGUCGCUGCUGUCCACUGAGAAAUGCCCGCAGAGCUGUGAAAACGAACGCGAAGAACCGGUGUGCGCAUCCGACGGCAACGUUUACAGAUCGGAGUGCGAUUUGAAGAUGAACACAUGCGGACAAAAAGUCGUGGCCGUUCCGCCCCAUCACUGUCCCACGACCGCCUUGUGCCACCAACAAUGCGAGAAGACCAAAGAGUUUGUGUGCGGAUCUGACAACAAGCUGUACAGAAACGAGUGCGAAAUGAAACGCGAAAACUGCGGGAAACACGUAUAUGUGGUACCCAUGAAGAGGUGUCUGACCGGAUUCCAGUUCAAAGGAUGCCAGCGAGUGUGUCCGACCCUGUACGACCCGAUUUGCGGCACCGAUCUGAAGACUUACAGCAACGACUGUUUCUUGGAAAUGGAGAACUGCCGGUCCCGGUCGUUGGUCAGCAAACAGUAUCACGGCGUUUGCGGGCAGCCCACCGAAGAGCCCAAAAACUAUUUGUACUGAUCCUACACAAUAAUAUUAUUAUUUAUUUUAGUAUUAUAGUAUUAUUCACGAUGACGCAUGCAUAAAUUAUUAUUAUUAUUAUUAUUAUUAUUCGUAACGAUUAUAAUAUUAUGUCGCGACUUUUUUUUUUUUUUAUAUAAUUUAUACAGAUUAUAUUAUACCUACUAUGUUCGUAUUUUAAUUCAAUACGAAUUUUUUGGACACUGGAUGCGUUUAAUGACAUCUGAGAUUCAUCAAUAUAUUUUAUGAUGCAAACAUAAAAAGAAAUCGUAUAAUAUUUUAAACGUUAACCACCUCAAAUUUGUUUAAAAAUUAAGAAUUGAUGUCGAUGCCACAAGUCAUUCUGUAAAUCAUUGUAACGCAUUUUUCUCUCCUUAUGAAGUUCUUGUAACACCAAACGUGUUUUUUUUCUUAUACCUAUAUAGAUUUAAUGUACUACAUUAUUGUAGAUAAUAUUAUUAUAAAAUUGAGCGACAUGGCAUGAAAAUCAAUCAAAUUCAAACAUAUUACCUAAUACAUAGAUUCUAGGAUAUUGAAUUUUAAUUUUAAGAUUAUUUAUUAAUUAAUAAUAAUAUAUUGUGCUGUCAAAAAAAAAAAUCUACUUAAGCAUUGACCUGUCAAAUUGAUAAUAUAAUGUGUCUUGCCUGCCCUAAGAAUAUUAAACUUAGCAAGUGCCAAUAUAUAUUGUAUAAAAAUUAAACAUAUUUAUGUAAUGAAAUUUUAAUUAAAUGUAUUGGUCAAUUGAUUUUUGAAACUUGUAUUAGUCAUAAUUUAAUGUCAUACCUACUGUUUAAUUAACAAACAAAUAAAUCAUAGUAAAAUAAAACAGCUAAAAACUGA